AUGGGGACACCGGAAUUUCCAGAUCUGGGGAAACACUGCUCCGUAGAUUAUUGCAAGCAGAUCGAUUUCUUGCCAUUCACCUGCGAUCGCUGCCUUCAGGUGUUUUGUUUGGAUCAUCGGAGCUACAUGAAACACGAUUGUCCAAAAGGAAACAGAGGAGAUGUCACAGUGGUCAUAUGUCCGUUAUGUGCUAAAGGAGUUAGGCUAAACCCUGACGAAGAUCCGAACAUAACGUGGGAGAAACAUGUGAACAAGGAUUGUGAUCCAUCAAACUACGAAAAAGCUGUCAAGAAGAAGAAAUGUCCUGUCCCAAGAUGCAGAGAGUUGCUAACCUUCUCUAACACCAUCAAAUGUCGAGAUUGCAGCAUCGAUCAUUGCUUGAAACAUCGGUUUGGACCUGACCAUACUUGUUCUGGACCUAAGAUACCUGAGUCGAGUUUCUCAUUCAUGGGGUUUUUUAAUACAAACACAAAAGAAUCUCCGGCAACAUCAUCAUCAUCAUCAUCUUCAAGAUGGUCUACUCUUUUAGCUUCUGCGGAAGCAAGUUUUAGCAGACUUGGGAACGAUAUUAGCCAGAAGUUGCAGCUUUCGAGCGGCGGUGAUGAUAAUCCAGAGAAAAUGAAGGAGAGUAAUGGAAAACAGAAUAGUGGCAAAGUUACGGUUGAUGUUUGUCCAAAAUGCAGCAGAGGGUUUCGUGAUCCUGUUGAUCUGUUGAAGCAUAUAGAUAAGGAUCAUCGUGGUACUUCUAAAGCUUAG